GCCCAGCAACUUGCCUUGGUGAUCCACGGCAUUCAGGAGAAAGGCUACCUGGAAUUUAUAGCGCAAAACAGACAGAGGCAAUGCGGAAAUAGGUGGACUCUUCAUGUCACCGAGUUUGCAUCCCACUCCCAGGCUGAGGAUCUGAGAGUUCGCGGGGACUGCAAUUAAGUGACAAGAAUUAUUUUUUAUUUUUUUCCUUCCUUUUUUCCAUUAGCGCUUAAAAUAACCAGCUUUAACUACACUUCACGAAGGAUUUGAAGCAUUCCUUUUAGCGUCUGACAGCGAGCUGAGAAGAAAACAUUCUAUACCUGAGGAUCAAAGCAACACUUUUGUUUUUCUUGUGAGCAUCAACAUGGACGUGUUGGCGAAUUACAGUAUUUUUCAGGAACUUCAGCUGGUGCACGACACGGGCUACUUCUCAGCGAUGCCGUCGCUGGAGGAGAACUGGCAGCAGACAUGUCUGGAACUGGAGAGGUACCUGCAGACAGAGCCCAAAAGGCUUUCAGAACUCUUUGACGAGGAGCUAGACUGCCUUCUUACGCCAGCAUUCAUGAAGGGAGACAGCGACGAGGACUUGAUGGACCCUUUGCUGCCCGGUUUAUCUGACGAGCCUAGCCCCCCACCUCUACUUGUGUCCCUUCCCAAAACCCUCCAUACCCCAGCCAACACUAAGAGUACUGAUGCAGGGCUGAAAGAAGCCAGUGGAGGGGUUAAUCCUGCCCAGCUAAAUGCAGUCACGUCCCUCACGCCACCUUCCUCCCCAGAGUUGGGUCGCCAUCUUGUUAAGCCCACACAGACUCUUACUGCCACAGCUGAUGGCACACUCACACUGAAACUGGUGGCCAAGAAAGUCGGCCUUGGAGCGGCAAAGCUGGUUGCAACACAUUCGAUACCUUCACCACCAAAUCGUGGCACACAGAGUGAUGGCGAGGGAGGACUUGCAACAGUAGGCGGAGGGGACAUCCCAGAGAACAAAAAGAGGGUCCAUCGCUGCCAGUUUAAUGGCUGUCGAAAGGUUUACACAAAAAGCUCCCACCUGAAGGCACACCAGAGGACACAUACAGGUGAGAAGCCUUACAAAUGCUCCUGGGAAGGCUGUGAAUGGCGUUUCGCACGAAGCGACGAACUGACGAGGCACUACCGCAAACACACUGGUGCCAAACCUUUCAAGUGCAACCACUGCGACAGAUGUUUUUCCAGGUCUGAUCACUUGGCUUUGCACAUGAAGCGACAUAUCUAAGGCAGAGGAAGACGGGAGAAAGAGAGAGAGAGAGAAAGAGAGUGAGAGAAAACGAAGAGGAGAACAGGUGUGCACCAUCCAGACGGGAACAUUCACAACAGACUUUGGGUGCACAAGAGGGGUCUGGCUGCAAACGUCACGAGGAAGAACAUGCUAGGCAGCGUGGGCAAGCGUUGUUGGAUUCUACACACUCUCAAGACAGUCCAAAAGCCUUUUCAUCAGCGAUUAGCCAUGCCUUACCGAGCACUAGCUUGGAGGUCAGACACUGCCAAACACCAGGUUUUUCUUUUCUCCCCUCAUUCUCUUUUUUUUUUGUACAGUAAAUCACCACUAGCAUGGAACGGGAAACUGAGCGCUACAUGUACAAAAUGGAAACGCACAUUUCAUUCAUCGCAUAGCCUAAUGGUUCUACUGGAGAAUCAUGUUCAUUGUACAUUCUGGAGUUUCAAUUUCUUUUUCCAAGGACAGAUCACAAUAACCAACCUGCAGCUAUGUUGUAUACAGCAAACAACCAAACACAAAAAGCAACAUUGCCAAUACGUUCUGAGGAGUGACCAAUGGAAUAAGUGGCCAAAUGCAAUGCCUGGCCCCUGAAGCAGGCUGGGGAAAAGUGAUCAAGAAAAAAUACGGCAACGCUCAGGAUGUGUGCUGAUUUCUCGUACUCCUCGCUCAGGAGCGAACUCUUCUCUGCUCUUCACGCCCGUCACCUCACGGGUGAAUAAAAUGAUGCGCAGCGACACUUUCUUGCCUUUGUUUUUUGUUUAAAGACAGUGUUAAAAAAGAUGGUUUGUUUUCCUUCUGAGCUAAAAAUGUCUUAAACUUCUGAAAGGUGAAAAUUUGCUUUGCAAACAAGCGUUAAUGUGCACAUACGGGCAACAAGAGGGAACUUUGAGGCUUUCUCUGUAUGCACAAGGUUCAGUAGCUUCUAUCUGGCACUGAAACAAAACAUUUGAAGCAUAAGACAGGAACAGAAUACCCCCCAAAAAAGAUUGGGAUUGCUGGCUUGGUAUAAAAGGACAGAAGUCUUCUGUUUUUCCAUUUUUCUUUGCACCGACUUGAUCUGGGAAAAGUUAACCAAUUGUCACAGACCUUGUGUGAUGCUCUUGACACUGGAAAGAAAGAGUUCUUUUGCUUUGUGUUGAUAUUGGCACCUGUGUAAGAACGUAGUCGUCCAGUGCACUGUAGGAGGCCAACAGAGGAGACGUUAUGGGGGAGGGACAGUUGGCAGGACGUUGACUCUCAGAUUGGAGCACCUGCUGGGAUCAGGAUCCAAAAGAACUUGGUGGCAUCAGCCCAGACAAACUUUGCCUGUUUCGUAUCCAUUGUCUGCACUGAUUUUUUCAAUGUUCUCUGUGCUUUUUUUCAUACUGUCAAAAAAAAGCUCAAAAACAAAACAAAAAAAAAACAUAAAAACAAAAAACAUCUUGGAGGGAAAAAAGCAGAAAACAAAAAACACACAAAAAAAAAACUCUUUUACAGACACAUCACAACACAGACAGAAUGGUUUCUUUGCUCUUGGCUUUUUCCUGAAAAAAAACGAAAGAAAAAAUAGAACAAUAAUUACCAAGUUAAUGAACAGCGUUAAAAACGAAACACUGCAUGGCAGCCUCUUUCAGAUAGAUGCACACACUCGCACACAUACAUGCACAGCUUGCCUCUCAGCAUUAUUUGUUUUGCACCAAAAUCUUCACAGCAGGGUUUUAGCAAUUGUUGUUUUGUAGGAUUGCGUUCCAUCCAGACGUCAGACGUUCAGUUGAGAGCUUGUUGAUACACUCGAGUAAAUUAUGCUAAACCGGGCCUAGGUUUAGCUUGGUGUUAACAAUCAGCUUCUAAAUCACGGGGACAAAAAAACAUAUCAUCCCCAAGGUCGUGAAGCCUGUCGUGGCGUCGCAAUCAGGGCGUUCCCUUACUGACCCUACUCUUCUACAUUGAUUUAAUGGCUGUGAGGGUGGAGGGAAGACUACGAUUCAGCAGUAACAUGUUUAGAAUCAUGGCAGACUUUACUAAACAAUCCCAGAGUUACCCCUCAGGGGACCACCGGAGCUUAAUGAUCAAUACACAAACUCAGUGUAGAAAUGCUGAGUGCAGAGUGAAGAGUUGGUCCCUUUCUCUUGGUUUGAGGCCUGCUGAAGGCAGCUCUUCUAUCACAUAUACACACACACACAAACAUACACAGACCCACACACUCACACCAUUUCUUCAGUUAGACCAUUUUAGUUGCCAUUUUCAAUUGAUUUCCUUUCAUUUCAACAGUUUUUCUUCAUUAAAAUGCAAAGUCAUGCCAAAAUUUUGACUAAAUAGGAGAUGAAUCAGUUUCUCUCCAGUAAUGUACAAUCAGUUGUGGGUUGUGGCACUUUUGUCCGCAAGAAGCGGCCUGUGUGUGUGACGAUUGUUUGUAUUAUUUUCUGUAAAUUAAGCAAGAAGGUGCAUUGCUACAGUGUCAUAAUAGCAUUGUGUACUAUCCCACAAUUUCACAAAUGCGGUUAUUACUGACAGUGUACAACAGCUAGAAAAGCUUUGAAAGGGUUACAUUUCCAUUUUACUUGGAGAUAGCAGUCAUGAAAAACUGCUCUUUUCUCCUGUUUUUGCUUUGACAAAAUGACAAUUCCGAUUCGUUCAGUCACCAUAUGGGAUACAACAGCAAGAACACAGGGACAAAAACAAAAGAACAUCCUGUCAUUUUCUUCGACAUCGAUAUAUGAAUUCAGUUCAAAUGAAACCAUGAAUAUACACAUACUGUAACUGUCUUAUUUAAAAUACAGUGCAAAGCGACAAAUUCAAACUUACAAACGAAACUCUCUUCUUCUGCCAACAUACUCCAGACUUUACCAAAUGAAUAUGGAACAGGCCAAUCAAAUUCAUUAGCAAGCAACACGCCGUACAUAUCCGAUCACAUAUCAAGUGCCAUUCGAAACCCCCAAUCUCUCACUCUUCGAGCGACAGCAGCGGUCUAGUCAGUUGCACAGGCGCCUGAUGCUUUGCCCAAAGAUUUAAGCAUUUGCAAAUAACCUGCUGGGUGUUGAAAGAGAGAAACUUAUUUUGCAUUAUUCUCACAGUAUCUCUUUGUGCCCUACACCAGCUUCCUAAGAUUCGUUCUUGAACAUCUAUAUGACCAUUGGCUUGGUCUCGAGUGUGUGUGCUUGUAAUAUACGGUUUGAAUGCAAAGUUGAGGAUGAGUUUAAAGCCUAGCCGUAAACAAACAGCGAAUUAGUUGCAUUGGUUCUAGCGCUUCUGUAGUCAGUGCAGGUCACGCAUGUCCUUAGAAAUCACCAUCCAGGCGAAUGUUUUUAAAACACUCUUGAUUCUGAUUUAGCUGUACAGAAGACCACCUUUUCUACCACGAGUUAUCCGUACAACUUCAAAACGGAGACAAUGCUGUGGCAGAACGUUUUACAUGACAGUAGGAAUGUUCGAAGACAUUCUAAGGGAACAAUUUUAAGUGUACUAGAUCUGGGCACUCUUCCAGUGAAGCUCCCUUCCCAAGCCGUUUGCUUUUCAGCUUCAAAGAGGCUUUUGGCAGCUUAAAUUUUAUAUGAAAAAGAUGCUUGAAACAUCACAAGGGGAUUUUAUGAUAAAAGGUCAGAGGUGACAACUUUUCCGUUUUCUUUUUUUGUUAUUGUCUGUAUUGCAACAACAUUUCACUGCAUAAAUAACACUCGUCAUUGUUACCGCUAGCUUAGUCUGUUAAAAUGACACUGCUGUCGAUUGUCUACAUAACAUUUAGUGGCAUUUCGAGAUGCACUUAUCACAAGAACAUGGGAACAAUUCACUCUUCAGCUUGAUUGAUAAAGCUUAAACUAUUUCGACACACCAAAAGAGACUAAAUCUGCAUGUACAUUCGAAUAUUCAUCCAUAGGUUCCCAGUCAUUCGCAGACAGCGAAGAGACUUGUUUGUCUUGGGAUAUACUGCAUCUUGAAGUGCAUCUGUAUCUGUGUUUGUCCAAACUUGAUAUGUCAGUGCGUAAAGUUUUCACCGGGUCUUUCCUUUCAGCUUUUUGCGUUCCUCACCUCCCACCCCUAUCUACCCCACCCUGCACCUGCAGAACCACAAUCACGUCCUUAAAACACAGUCACCUCAGUUUCAUCCUCCGGUUACGUGUUACCAGCUGUCAGCGAUUUCUUACCUAUGAAUGUCCCUAGACAUUACUAAGCAGGGAGCAACCGGCCAACAACAGACCUCAGUGCUUUUACAGGUGCUCUCUUUUAUCAAUAAAUGGAUCUCGCAGAAAGCUGCCAGUUGGUAAAGCAGGUACAAAUCAGAAAAAAAUAGAAAGAAAGGGUAAAAGAAAGAAAAAUAGAACAGUUAUGUGCCAUCUUGAUUUAUCUGUAUGGAAGUAGGACGACAUUUUGCCAUAUGUAGGCUGAAGCAUGUAGUUUCUCGCUAGAGCAGGGACCCUCAUAUUCACUGUCCUCUUUCCCUCGCCACAUCACUAACACUCCACCCCCUCACUUCCUGUAAACUUCACACUCUUCCUCUCCGUUUUGUUUUGUUUUUUUGUUCUAUUCUGUUCUUUCCUUGUGUGUUUUUCUUUAUCGGUUCUUUUGCUGUACAAAGUGUUUAAAAUAUUAUUAUUUGUAUGAUAUAAUGUUAGUAUGGUAAUGUUCUUUAUUAAGGAAGAAGAUGAAAUUUAUUUUUGUUACUGGUCUGUUUCAUAAUUCUUUUUUAAAUUGGUAUUGUAAGAUAUCUAUGCAAGAACUGUUCAGUGGAGCAUUUUUAUUUAAGAAUGUAAUAAGUGUAAUAAAUGGUAGAAUCUGAA